UCCCCACCCUACUGAAGACUUUGAAGAGUCUCAUAUUGAAAAGAAACCUAAACUCGUCUCUACCAUGUCUGACGAUCAAACCCCAACAACAACCGAGAAAAAGGAAGACUUUUUCCCGGAAAUAGGUGAUCAAGCUCAAGAUGUCGAUGAUGAACAAGAACCUUCAUCUACUAAUAAUGAAGUUAAACAAACUGGAGCAUUUGAUGCUGAAGGUCAUCCAGUUCAAGAGAUCGAAUCUCUUUGUAUGAACUGUCAUGAAAAUGGUACAACUAGAUUACUUUUAACUAAGAUUCCUUACUUUCGAGAAAUUAUUCUUAUGUCAUUUGAAUGUCCUCAUUGUGGAUUAAAGAAUAGUGAAAUACAAGCUGCUGCUCAAAUUGCUGAAAAGGGAGCAAGAUAUGUAUUAAAGAUUGAAAAUAAACAAGAUUUUAAUCGUCAAGUGGUUAAAUCUGAAACUGCUAUGGUUCGAUUUAAUGAAUUAGAAAUUGAAAUUCCUCCAAAAAGAGGUCAAUUAACUAAUGUAGAAGGAAUUUUAGAAGAUAUGAUUGAAGAUUUACAAGCUGAUCAAGAAUCUAGAAAAUCUGUUCAACCAGAAAUUUAUACAAAGAUUAAUGAAGUUAUUAAUAAGAUUCAUUCUUAUAUUAAUGCUGAACCAAAUACUCUUCCAUUAACAUUCACUAUUGAUGAUCCAGCUGGUAAUUCUUGGAUUGAAUAUUCUCCUGGUGAACCACAACAUAAAUGGGCUAUGUAUGAAUAUACUAGAACUGCCGAACAAAAUGUAUUCUUAGGACUUAUCUCUGCUGAUGAUGCCUUUAGAUUACAACAAGAAGAAGCAGAAGCUAAGAAAUCAGCUACUGCUCAUAAUGUUUCAUCAUCAUUAGCUCAAUCUUCUACCAAGACAACUUCUACAUCUAAUAAUGAUAAUGAUAAUGAUGAAUCAUUUAAUCCUAAAUCAACUGGAUUCAUUUCUGAUCAAACGGAAAUUGAAAACCUUGAGAAUGAAGUUCAAGUAUUUCAUGCUACUUGUUCAUCAUGUUUUAAACCAUGUGAAACUCAUAUGAAAACUGUUAAUAUUCCUCAUUUUAAAGAUGUUAUUAUUAUGUCUACUGUAUGUGAUUAUUGUGGUUAUAAAUCUAAUGAAGUUAAAACUGGAGGUGCUAUUCCAGAUAUGGGAAAAAAGAUUAGUUUAAAAGUAACUGAUCCAGAAGAUUUAGCUAGAGAUAUCUUAAAGAGUGAAACAUGUGGUAUGAGUAUUCCUGAAUUAAAUUUAGAUUUAACUCCAGGAACUCUUGGAGGUAGAUUUACUACAAUUGAAGGAUUAUUAACUCAAGUUAAAGAAGAAUUAUAUUCUAGAGUAUUUACAAGAUCAUCCGAUUCAAUGGAUGAUGAAAAUAAAUCAAGAUGGACAACAUUCUUUGCCAGACUUGAAGAUGCUAUUGAUGGGAAAAUUCCCUUCACUAUUAAUAUGAUUGAUCCGUUAGCUUCAUCAUAUAUUCAAAAUGUUUAUGCUCCUGAUAAUGAUCCAAAUAUGUCUAUUGAAGAAUUUGAAAGAAGUUAUGAACAAAAUGAAGAUUUGGGUUUGAAUGAUAUUAAGACUGAUUAGUUAGAUUGUACAUUAUAGAUCAUCGCAUAGAAUAUAUUAUACCUUAGUCCUGU